AUGGGCCUUGAGGUGGUGGCGCUGCUGUACGGCCUGUGGAGGGCCAGGAGGCGGGGCAACGGCAGGGCGCCCACCAACACCAGGCCCUUGCUGCUGCUGCUGCUCGCCGUGCCUGCUGCCUUGGCCACCGUCGCCCUCGCUGCAUUCGGCUGCUUCCGGAACAUGUUGGAUCGCAGGGAUGAGCAGCAGCUGGAGCGGCUCCGAGCAGAAAGGAAGGCUAAGAUUGGCAGCUUCAGGGGAAGCCACCACAACCUGCAAAAGCUCAUCCAGAAGUACGAUCCUGAGGAGGAUGCUGAUGACAGCAACACUGAUGCAGCAGCAACUGCGCAUGGUGAUAGCAAAACUACGAAAAAGCUCAAGAGGACGCACUCGCGGUUGAGCUUCCAGUUCCAUGUGGGAGAAGAGGGAGACGAAUGA